GACUGACCUUCAAUUAUUGUACAGUCGAUUCCCGGAUUGUUUCCAAUCUUGCCCACAGCACUGCCUUACGGUGCUUGACGUGCACGGCACAUAUUCAUGCACUUGAACCGGUUGCGUGGUCGGACGGCUGGAUCACUUUGGCAAUCCAUCUGCGCAGGAUCCUCUCCACAAUCCGAAGUUACCAGCUCCAGCGCAUCACGAUCGAAAUAUACUUCGAUAGCGAGUUGCCUGCCAAAUCAAGUACAAAGGAGCAGUCUUCGUCCGAGACCCUCCCUGACCCGGCAGAGGGUGAGGGUUGCGUCGGAGUUUCACAAUCUACGCGACGUUAUGGUCCAGCCGUACUUUAGCGCGUUGACCGCUGUCCACGUCGCGAUGCAGAUUCGGUACACGGAACGGAGACGGAGCAAAGUACAUGCACACGAUGACGCAGAGGCGAUCAAGUCCUCAAUCCUGCUGCUGCUGGCACCAUGGCGCAAGCGUGGUUUAGUCAAGUUAUCUCUUCACAUGCAAAUCAUACGGCGAGUAGAGCAGAAGAGAACAACAGAGUGCGAGGAUGUGUAGCGUCCGUCGCUGUUGCGGCUGUUUAGCGCACAGGUGUUCGUACAGGCAUCCCGGACUUCAAGGAUGUGGUCAAUGCGAUUCUGAAUCUGUAUAAUAUAUUGGUCGGCGAGUCUGGCAACAACUUGAUUUCUUCAAGUGUUUGUAAGUCAGACAUCUCUGUGUCCCGGUGUGAUGUAGCGUAAUGAACUCUCAAUAAUCUCGUGUUGUUCUUCGCCUGCAAUCAAUUCUCCGAGGUGACCUCCAUUAGUGAAAGAAAGAUGUUGUACAGGAUGACCCAGGGUAUACUGCUUUAAGUCAUGGUUACUAAUCGC